CUGUUUCUUGUCUUCCCGCUCCUGCGCACCUCGACCCGCCUCCAGUUAGCUCUCUGUCCGUCUCUUCGGUUAGCAUGUCUGGGUACGGGGCUCUGCCGACGAACGGGGCCGCUGCGGGGAUUAAAAACGACGCUUUUGCAGAUGCUGUUCAACGAGCCAGACAGAUUGCAGCAAAGAUCGGUGGAGAUGUUCCCACCCCAAUGAGCAACAACGGGGGUGCUGAGAACUAUGCUUUCCCAGCACAGAAGCGAUCACUAGAAGACGCAGAUCAACCCGACGCUAAAAAGAUGGCUUCCCAGGGUGACCGGGACUCGGCACUGUCCAUCGGAGCUCAACUGGCCGCCCUGUCACAACAGAGCGCGAGGCCCUCCACCCUGACUGAGGAGUACCGUGUUCCCGACAGCAUGGUCGGUCUGGUGAUUGGCCGUGGAGGAGAGCAGAUCAAUAAGAUCCAGCAGGACUCUGGCUGCAAGGUCCAGAUCGCCCCUGACAGCGGCGGGCUUCCAGAGAGGAGCGUGUCCCUCACCGGCCCCGCUGACGCUAUACAGAAAGCCAAGAUGUUCCUGGAUGAGAUCGUGUCCCGGGGACGUGGGACCCCCCCCUCCUUCCACGAGUCCUCCUCCAACGGGGGCCCGGGCGGGUCCAUGCAGGAGAUGAUCAUCCCCGCGGGCAAGGCUGGGCUGAUCAUCGGCAAGGGAGGGGAGACCAUCAAACAGCUGCAGGAGCGGGCCGGUGUGAAGAUGAUUCUGAUCCAAGAUGCUUCUCAGCCCCCCAACAUGGACAAGCCCCUCCGCAUCAUCGGAGAUCCCUACAAAGUGGAGCAAGCGAUGGAGCUGGUCAACGAGAUUCUCCGAGAGCGCGACCAUGCCGGCUUUGGAGAGAGGAAUGAGUACGGCUCCAGGAUGGGAGGAGGAGGAGUCCAGGUGCCGGUGCCGCGCCACUCGGUGGGCGUCGUGAUCGGGCGGAACGGAGAGAUGAUCAAGAAGAUCCAGAACGACGCCGGCGUCCGGAUACAGUUCAAACCAGACGACGGCUCCAGUCCCGAUAAGAUCGCCCACGUGAUGGGUCCCCCCGACCGCUGCGAGCACGCCGCCGCCAUCAUCAACGAGCUGCUGCAGUCCAUCCGCGUGCGGGACGAGGAGGGCCAGGGCGGUCCGCCCGGGUCCGGCAUGCCCCCUGGGGGGCGUGGCAGGGGGCGUGGCCAGGGGAACUGGGGUCCCCCCGGAGGAGAGAUGACCUUCUCCAUUCCCGCGCACAAGUGCGGCCUUGUGAUCGGCAGAGGCGGAGAGAACGUCAAGUCCAUCAACCAGCAGACCGGGGCCUUCGUAGAGAUCUCACGCCAGCCGCCACCCAACGGGGACCCCAACUUCAAGCUGUUCACCAUCCGGGGGUCCCCCCAGCAGAUCGACCACGCCAAGCAGCUGAUCGAGGACAAGAUCGAGGGUCCUCUGUGUCCUGUGGGUCCGGGUCCAGGUGGUCCAGGUGGUCCAGGGGGUCCGAUGGGUCCUUACAACCCCAACCCCUACAACGCAGGCCCCCCGGCCGGCCCCCCGCACGGUGCCCCCCCCGGUGGCCACCAGUACGCCCCCCAGGGCUGGGGCAACGCCUACCAGCAGUGGCAGGCCCCCGCGCCCCAUGACCCCAGUAAGGCCUCCGCCGACCCCAACGCGGCCUGGGCAGCGUACUACGCCCAGUACUACGGCCAGCAGCAGCCCGGGGGCCCCAUGCCGGGCCAGGCCCCCGGGGCCCCUGCCGCGGCCCCCGCUGACCCCGGCCUGGUGGCCCAGACCCCUGGGGGCCAGCCGGACUACACCAAGGCCUGGGAGGAGUACUACAAGAAGAUGGGCAUGACCCAGGGUGGAGGGGCCCCUGCGGCCGCGGCCCCUGGGACCGCCGCCCCGGCUCCAGGCGCGGCGGCGGCAGCUGGAGGCCAGCAGGACUACAGCGCCGCCUGGGCUGAGUACUACCGACAGCAGGCCGCCUACUACGGACAGCCGGGCCAGGCCCCCGGGCAGGCCGGGGCCCCCCAGCAGGGCCAGCAGGUAGAGUGA